AUGUUCCUCGCAAAAAAAAUCGCGUCUCUUAAAACAAAAUUGUUGGCACAGAAUACAGCGGGUCAUGGAGUUCACACGCGUGGUCAACUCAUACAAAUUGGCGAUGGUCUGCCGCAAAGUGAAUUGUACGAGAACUUCCCCACCAACACAGUACGUAUGCCUGAUUUAGUGUUAGGAAAGAAUGUAGUCAUGUUCGCCGUGCCUGGCGCUUUCACCCCCGGCUGCUCGAGAACACACUUGCCAGGAUAUAUAAAACUCGCUUCACAAAUGAAAAAAGAAGGUAUUAAUGAAAUAGUAUGCGUUUCAGUCAAUGAUCCAUACGUGAUGGGUGCAUGGGCGUCUAAACAUGAGACGAGAGGAAAGAUUCGAAUGCUCGCAGAUCCCAGCGGCUCCUUCAUCGGAGCGAUGGGUCUCGGCACACACAUUGCAACGCUUGGCGGGUAUCGAGCAAAGCGUUUUUCAAUGCUCAUCACAAAUAAUAUAAUUAGAGAGUUAAACAUAGAACCAGAUUCCACCGGUCUCACGUGCUCACUCGCAACCCAACUGUUUUACAAAAAGCAUAUUGGAAGAGAUGAUGAUGCUUUAGAAUAA